AUGAAUCUAUACGAAGAUGCAUUGCAGGUUGCAAAAUUCCAAGCAAUCAUUGCAGCCUCUGCAACGAUCCCUGGUUAUUUCGUGACAGUUUACCUGAUUGAUCGCGUCGGAAGAGUCAAGAUUCAGGCGACCGGGUUCUUUUUCAUGGCUGUAAGCUUGUUUACAACCGCGAAAAUCAACAGGGGCAAUUGGGGAUCGAAUGCGAAUUUCGGGUUCAUGAUACUUUACGGAUUUACGUUCUUUUUUUCCAAUUUGGGGCCGAACACCACCACAUUCAUAGUCCCGGCGGAGCUUUUUCCGGCGAGGUUUCGUGCAACUUGUCAUGGGAUUUCCGGUGCGGUUGGAAAAGUGGGGGCGAUAAUUGGAACGAUCGGGUUCUUAUGGGCUUCUCGUGAUCCACGACAUGGGGUUGAUGUGUCGAAAGCUUUAACAGCGAUGGGUGUGGUUUGUGUUUUAGGGUUUUUUGUUACUUAUUUCUUUACUAGGGAAACAAUGGGGAGGUCGUUGGAGGAUAAUGAGAAUGUCGACGAGCUCACCGGAGUCUGGUUUGUUAGGUUUUGGCCCAAUAAGAUAUGGAAGAAAGCAGUUCAACAAACACCUAUGAACUAA